CAUUAAAGUCAGGUGACCAAGCACUGUGGAGUCACAUGACUAUGCAAAAUGGCAGACGACAGAGUAAUUUUAUUUGCUUGUAUUUUGGGGAUAUUUAUUUGCAUAUGCAGUGCUGAAAUUGUAUCAGUAACAUACGAUAAAGAUAGCCAGGAAUAUAAAAUUCAUCGGCAUGAAGCUCCGGAAUGGGUUGCCUUAGCAGAAUUCAAAAAUGACAUCAAUAACACUGGAUGGGCGUACCUUGAUAUCAAGACAUCUACAAAUUAUGAUGAUGAGCAACAAGCUUUUGCUGCUGGGAUGGCGGAGGCCUCUCAUUCGGCCAGUCUUAUGCAUGAUCACUGGAUGAAUACUGUGGAUGGUUACUGUAUUAAACCAUACAGUCCAUACUGUACUAAAUUACAGACAUUCUUACAGACUAACCUGGACUGGAUGAAUGAACAGAUUAAAACAAAUACAUCUACAUAUUGGCACAUGGUCAAGUUGUUUUUAUUACAAGUUGAUGGUUUAAGUCAAGGUUAUGAACUAUCAAGAAGGUCACCUGGCUGGUCAUCAUUAAGAUAUUCUGGACCAGGAUCAACAAAUCUAGACCCAUUUGGUUUUUACCUUUUCCAAGUUGGAGGUGAUUUAGAAGAUUUAGAGGAGGCGCUAGGCAAACCUGAGAAAUCUCGAGUGUUUGGAUCUGGUUCUUGUUCUGCUAUGAUUAAAAUGUUCCCUGGUAACAAAGAUUUGUAUGUCAGUCAUGACACUUGGUCAACAUACCAGUCCAUGCUGAGGAUUCUGAAAAGAUAUGAAUUUGCAUAUACUGUUAAAGAUGGAUUAGGUGUAUAUAUACCAGGGUAUAUGAUGACAUUUUCUUCCUACCCAGGGACUAUUUUAUCUGGGGAUGAUUAUUAUCUCCUGAGUACAGGAUUAGCAACCUUAGAAACAACUAUAGGAAAUGGCAACAGUGACUUAUGGAAAUAUGUUCAGCCAACAAAUUCUGUUCUUGAAGGAAUCAGAGUAAUGGCUGCUAAUAGACUUGCAACCAGUGGUAGAACGUGGUCAUUGAUCUUUUCAGCAUAUAAUAGUGGAACGUACAAUAAUCAAUGGAUGAUAGUGGAUUCAAACAAGUUCAAAGCAGGGUCUUACAAUAUGACAGAUGUUUUAUAUGUUCUUGAACAAAUUCCGAAUAAUAUAGAGUAUGGAGAUCGUUCAGAUGUUUUAAUGAAACAAGGAUACUGGCCAAGUUAUAACAUUCCGUACUAUCCCACUAUAUUUAACCUCAGCGGAGGACCAGCUGCAGUAGCUCAGUAUGGAAAAUGGUUUUCAUAUGAUGGGUCACCAAGAGCUAAAAUAUUCAAAAGAGAUUUUAGUAAAGUUGUCAGUAUGGAAACUAUGAUGAAAUUAAUGAGGUACAAUGAUUUUCAACAUGACCCUCUCUCUAAGUGUGCCUGUAGUCCCCCAUACAGUGGUGAAAAUGGUAUAUCUGCAAGAUCAGACUUAAAUCCUGCUAAUGGUACCUAUCCGUUUGGAGCUCUAGGUCAUAGGUCACAUGGUGGAACUGAUAUGAAGCUUACAAAUAUGACAAUGAUUAAGGACCUACAGUUUAUAGCUAUUGGUGGUCCAACCCAUGACCAACAACCACCAUUCCAAUGGAGUAAGGCAGACUUUGGACCUACAACCCCACAUCAAGGUCAUCCAGAUAUCUUCAAAUUUGAUCCUAUUAUGUUUGAUGGUUCAAUAAACGUUAAACAAUAUAAAGGAUACAGAGGAUAGAAGAGUAUAUAUAUAUAUAUGAAACUUGAAAAUGACCAAAAUAUAACACAAGACUUCAAAAUUAUCUUUUGAUUCUGCCUUCUUGAUAUAUACUGCUUAUGAAUUUGUUUAAUAAUGAGUUUUAGUAGUUACUUGUUGGAACAAGAUGCUGAGUAAUUUUAUAUGCAUAAU